AUGGAGCUCGGGUACUGGCAGAUCCGCGGUCUCGGGGCCGUGUUCCGCAUGAUUUUGGAGUACAAAGAGGCGAAGUACGAAGACAAGCAAUACGCCGACGGCGAGAGCUGGUUCAAGCUUCGGAAGCCCCAGAUCCAGGCGAUGAACCCCUUGGCGAACCUGCCCUACCUCGUGGACGGCGAGAGCUGCGUGUGCCAGACGAACGCCAUCCUCACCUACUUGGGCGAGAAGUUUAGCCUCAACGGCGAAUCGCCGGCGCAGAAGAUCCGGACCGAGGAGCUGCUCUGCGAGAUCUACGAUGUGCGCAAUAGCGUGAUCGACAUGGUCUACCCCUUCAAGCAGGUGUGCCGCAACCAGGAGGAGUAUGAGGCCAAGGCGAAAGCGCAGACUGGCAACCCGCCCUUCGCGAAGUUUGAGGCGAUCCUGGGAUUCAAGGAUAACGCCAGCGGGGGCAAGUGGUUCGUGCUGAAGGAUGGCCCCGGCGUCGCGGACUUCCAUAUCUGGGAAAUGCUGGACCAGCACAAGAUGAUGGCCGAGCGCUUGGGCAGCCCGGACAUUUUCACCAACUUUCCCAAGUGCAAGGCCUUCUACGAGUCCUUCAAGGCACUGCCCACCCUGCAGAAGUACUUCGCAUCGGAGUCCUACAAGUUGGACGCGAACAACAAGAUGGCCAACUGCUACUUCCCGUGA